AUGGGAAGAGGAAAUCAGUCAUGGAAUGUAGAGUUUGUCCUCUUGGGCUUGUCUAGUCAUCCAGGAACUCAGAAAGUCCUCUUUGUUCUUUUUCUGGGGAUGUAUCUUGUGACCCUGGCAGGGAAUAUGCUCAUCAUGCUGGCAAUAAAAAGGAACCCACGCCUGCACACCCCAAUGUAUUAUUUUCUGAGCCACCUCUCCUUCCUGGACAUGUGCUACACCACCACAAUCAUCCUUCCAAUGCUGUCCAACUUCCUGGCAGAGCAUAAAACCAUCUCCUUUGUGGGCUGCAUGGUGCAGAUGCAUAUCUCUCUGUCUCUGGGAGGAAUUGAAUUCAUCCUGCUGGCUGUCAUGGCCUAUGACCGGUACAUGGCCAUCUGCCACCCCUUGCAUUAUAAUACUGUCAUGAAUCAGCGGCUCUGUAUGCAGAUGGCAGUAGGGUGUUGGCUCUGUGGCUUUGUGAAUGCUGUGAUGCAGACAGUGUUCACUCUGAACUUGCCUUUCUGUGGAAGAAAGACCAUCAACCACUUUGGCUGUGAAGUUUUAGCUGUCCAGCAGCUGGCCUGCGCUAGCACCUUUGUUGGGGAUGCUGUGAUGCUGGGAGCUGGUGUCCUCAUUCUGCUCACCCCCUUCUUCCUUGUACUGGUGUCUUAUGUGUACAUACUCUCAACCAUCUUCCAGAUCCAUUCAGCGGAGGGAAGGCGCAAAACGUUUUCCACCUGCACAUCCCACCUAAUAGUGGUGACCCUGUGCUAUGGGACAGCCAUCUUUGCCUACUUGCGGCCCCGUUCCCACUACUCACCCAAGCAGGGGAAGACUGUCUCAUUGUUCUAUUGCAUUGUUACUCCCAUGCUGAACCCCGUGAUCUACAGUCUGAGGAACCAAGAAGUAAAGGGAGCCCUGGUGAAGGUGAUUGCGGGAAAGAGCAAAGGCAGAAGCCUACUUUGCUUAUGA